AUGAAGACGAGUGCCUUGAGCGAGCUGGUGGAGGAGUUGAAGCUUUUUUUCAUGCGAUUCGUUCGCAAUGGCUUCAAGGUUCCUACUCUGUGGAACACAGAUGACUGCUGUGAUGACCGUCAACUGCUGCAACGGGUAUUUCGCGAGUUUGAGGAGGCAACGUGGAUCAGUCUUUAUCUGGAAGACGAGGUGGACGCCGGAGUUCAGUUGGAGCUCCUGCCACAGCUGCAUCUGGAGUUCACCCCUGCCAUCGUGUACGACCCGGAGGCGGUAGCCGCUGCCUGCGGCUCCCUCCGUCAGAGCAUCAUCCAAAUCGAGUGGAGGGAAAGAUGGUGUGCCGAGCGGACGCAGAGUGGCAGUUUUCACCUCGUGGGCGGGAACCUGUAGCGACCUUCCAGAUUGCGGCUUUGAGGGGGCCGUCGUUCCUCUUCCACCUGCAGAGAGGGAGCUCUGGU